AUGCCUCUCCUUCCACCUAUCAACUUCCCGCGCUGGCUCGAUCAAAACCAGCACCUACUCAAGCCUCCUGUGAACAACUUCUGCCUAUAUCGGCAGAAGGACUUUACUGUGAUGGCUGUAGGCGGUCCCAAUGAGAGAAACGAUUAUCAUGUGAAUGAGACCGAAGAAUGGUUUUAUCAGUACAAGGGUGGCAUGCUGCUUAGAGUGGUAGACGGGGAUGAGUUCAAGGAUAUCAGGAUCGAGGAGGGAGAGAUGUUUUUACUGCCAGCCAAUACACCACACAACCCAGUCCGCUUCGCCGAUACAAUCGGAAUUGUUAUCGAAGCUGCUCGUCCGGAUGCAUCUCAUGACUCCCUACAGUGGUACUGUCGUGAUCCUUCCCAUACCAAGCCAACUAUCAUCCACAAAGAGACUUUCCACGUCACCGACCUCGGAACGCAACUGAAGCCCGUUAUUCAACGCUGGAUGUCGACCGAAGAAUUGAGGAAGUGUAAGGAAUGCGGGAACGUCGCUCCUGCGAAGUAG